CCACCCCAAGUCAUUGGCUCGGUAGCCGUGGAGCUGGAAGGAAGGGUCUGUCGCAACGCUCUUCCACACUCGACGCACGUGAUGUCCUCCUUCCACCUCCCCCCUUACACUCACACCUGGAAUUUAAUUGAUACCUGCCGUUAAGUAGGUGUCAAGUCAUAGCGACAGUGACCUGUGUUGGCCCCUUGCUCAGAGAAUUAACAUGCAGGUAACGAGGAGCCUCAUCGUCAUUUGAACUGACUAUAAUAUCCGAGAGAAAGAAAGAGGUGUAUACACAGCUGGCUGGGCGGAUUUUCCCAUCUCAAGGAUUUUAGUAUAAAACUAGUCGGCGAUCUCUGUCUCUCUCUCCCUCCCCCUCCCUCCCUUCUCGUCUCUCGUCGUGCUGUGGAAAGGAAAAGAAAGAGAGAAAUGUGUUAUUGGUGUCGGUGAUGUGGAUUAUAAGGUGGUGAUAUCAGUUGACGGUGUUGUGAAUGAAAUAGUUGUGCUCACACAAGAACUGAUCAGAUCAAAUGUGCUAAAACAGUCGAUUGUUGAAAAAGUGGUCGAAAGAGAUUGGUCUGGAAUUACCAGGCACGCACCAAUUGAUAAUAAUAUAACCAUUUUGUAAAACGGCAGUAUUGAUUAUUCAAAGCAGAGAGAGAAACUACACGACGAGACUUCCAACGAGCAAAAUAAGUUUUAGUUUCACAAUCUGAUCAAAAGAUAUAUCGGAGUUUCAGUUGGUAUUAAUAAUCGUAUAAAACGUUGUUAAGUAUAGCGAGUGACAAUGUCUGCGAUGUCGCAAAUUAUGGAUGCAACUUAUUGCAUUGGCGGAGACAUGGAUUUCGGACGCAUGUUCGACCAGUAUUUGCACAAGGGUGGCGAGACCUUCGACCUGUCUUUGAGCGUCCCAGAUUCUACACAUCCAGGAUACAUGGCUGAUCAGCCUGCCUACGGUAGUUAUGGUAGUGAGGAGAACUACUCCGACCUACAGGGACUCACCUCCACACUCAAUCAGCAAGAACCAGACACUACCUCUGCACCACAUUCCCAUCCUCACCAUCCACACUCCAUGUAUCAGCAUCAGAUGGGUGUGACCGGUGCCAUGGGCUCUCCAAAUCCACAGUUUCCUCCACAGAACCUGUAUAUUCCCCCCAUCUCCCAGAACAGCCACAUGGCGUCUGUUCAGACUACAGGCUAUAUGGUCCAUCCGGCGUGUGGGCCCCCGACUCCGACAUACACAAACGCCUCUCUGGCUAUGCACGGGGCGGGCCCUCCACAGCAGGGACACAUGAUGGCUGGUGUCGGGGGCAUGAUGGGAGGUUACUAUCCUCGCCCACCCAUGGCUAGAAAUGGGGGGUCACCCAAUUCCGGCGGUUCCCCUUCUCCAGGCAGCGAAGAUUCCGAUGACUCGACGCCUCUAGCACAGAUGGGCCGAGGCAAGAGGCCUUCGUCGGACAGCGUAGAAGGGCCCGCAAGGGGCAAGAAACCCAAAGUCUCCAAGAAGGGCAAGAAGAAAAGGGAUCCCAAUGAACCCCAAAAGCCGGUAUCAGCGUACGCUCUCUUCUUCCGUGACACCCAAGCUGCCAUCAAGGGUUCCAAUCCAAACGCCUCUUUUGGGGAAGUGUCGAAGAUCGUGGCCUCCAUGUGGGAUUCACUCGACGCUGACCACAAGAACGUUUACAAGAAGAAGACCGAGGCCGCAAAGAAGGAGUACCUGAAGGCUCUGGCGGCCUACCGCGCCAGCCUCGUCUCGAAGGGAGGGGAAAAUGAGAACGUGUAUGGAGCCCCAGGGUACGGCCAGUUUGCCCCAGGCUUUGGCUAUCCCCCUACCACUACUGCCCCAGGUCACCCCCAAGUACAGUCGCCCACCCAGAUGUCACCAUUGGCUAAGAAGUCUCCUCUCCUCUCAUCUCUCAUGGCUGACCCUCCCCCUCCUAUGAUGACCCCACCAAUGUCACAGCCCAUGCCACCUUCUGGCCCACCCAUGAUGCCCCAUGGUUCCAUGCCACCCAUGUCAGCAGCCAGUAUGGCUCCACAGCCUCAACAGGGUCCCCCUCAGGCCGCCCAUCAGCCGCCCACACCUCAGCCACACCUGACGCCCAUGACCAACGUACCUACCACCUCUCCUUACAUGAACCAGCAAGCACCUGGAUCCAUGACGAGUCCUGGAGGUGGUGGGUCUCCAAGCAGUGCCCAGCAACCACAGCAGCACCAGAACCCACAGCAACAGGCUGCUGCUGCCGCCACUCAGCAUCAACAGCAACAAGCAGGGCAACAGCAACAGCAGCAUCAGCAGAGUGGUCAGCAUGGGCAACAGCAGCAGCAGCAACAACAGCAAGGACAACAACAACAAGGACAACAGCAACAGCAACAACAGCAGCAACAGCAGCAAGGCCAACCAAGUGGUCAAGGAUCAGGUGGACAGCAACAGGGUAUGGGACAGCCUGGACAUGUAGGAUGUCCAACCUCCGGUCCAAGUUGCAUCAGGAAUGGAUGCACUAACCCUGCUGUGCAUAAUCCUGAAUGGGAAGAUGAGUACUGCUCCAAUGAAUGUGUCGUCUCACACUGCAGAGACGUUUUUACCACCUGGGUAGCUAGCAACCAUCACCAGCAGACACCUCCUUCCUACCCUGCACCUGUUAAAUAAGUUGAAGGUGACCAGGAAAACCCCAGGAGGACCAGCCAAGAAGCAUUAUAAACCAACUUAUGGGUCAACAUUAAGUCAAGUAAAUUAUAAGUGCUGAUUCCUGUUAGGUACCUGUUCAUGUCGUAUGUACUAAUUAUUACUUACUUAUGCAGUAAGAAACAUUCUUGUCAGAAAAGAGGAUUUAUGUAUAAAAGCUGGUUGCCAUGGUAACGAGGAACUUAAUCUAGCUGUACAUGGUACCUUUUCUUCUUCUUCCCCCAUUUCAUAUAGACAAACGUGGGUGCUUGUAUCAAAGUCAAGCUUUUCUAAGCGGUUUUGUCAUUGCUGGAGUUAAAACUAUUCAUCCUUAUCUUUUAAAUAUUUCUGGGUUUCGUAGAGUCCCAAAUAUAUUAUACCUAAUUCAACUGCAAUACAUUGGUCAUAGAUGCGACACGUUCCAAGUGGGUUGUGUUGUGAAAGUGAGCACUGCAUAAGUUAAAUUGAAAGAUGUUAUUCUUCUCUUUACUUCCCUUUUGGAUUACUUUUCUAGUAAAAUCAGAAGUUCAUUCUCCUAUUGCAAGUAUAGGAAAAGUGAAUCGCUGGUACACAUUACGAGUUAUUAACUUCUGAACCUUUUGAGUGCAUAUUGGCCAGAUGAAGGGGACCAAAAUGUUUAGUUUGUAACGUGUUUUCUUAUCUGGUCUGGUGUGAACAAAGUAGAGUCGAACAAGGUAAUGAACUGGAACUUGGAACUCUAUCCACUCUUACACAAGAUGAUUUAUUUUCCCCAUUCACAGUAUCUGUAUGCAUGUCUGGUACAGAGGAGGGUAUUAAAAGAAAACAGUACAAUUACUAAGCAUCAAAUAUGCAUAUACUCUGUGGUAUAAUGAACAAUUUCCUGAGUGUUGAGGCACGUAUACAAAACACAAAUACUAUUGUAUAUUCACAGUGGUAUGCUAACUGACAAUGCAUAUUGUGAAUCUGUAGACAAACACUUACCGUAUGAACACCUGUAAGCAUAUGCACCGAAGUCAUUAUCUCUAUGUCUUGCUUACUUUCACACAACCUUGGUUUUCACACAACCUUGGAAUCAUGUUCUGAACCUGUUUGUAAUUUUAUUAUGUCAAGCCAGCAGUAAAUCUUCGUCUUAGGGAGCUGGGUUUGUAAAUACUGUAUUUGUGUUUAUUUACCUUAAUUAAGGAGAGAGAAUUACAAUACUAUUAUUGUAGAUAGCUUGACUUAUUUACAAUAUAAUUUGUAAAUAUUUCAGCAUUAUGUACAAGUGAAUGCUGAGUUUUUUCUCCUCAAUGUGAAAGAAAUAAGAUAAAUUUAUUAUGUAUGUAUGUACAUGUAUCAUAGUAGAUUUGUCCAGAGGCUUAUUUGAUUAGGAUAAACUGAGAAAACAAAAAUGAUUAGACUUGGCCUGUUUGUGUCAAAACUGUAAGAAUUCCUUCCAAAGUGACACAGACAAUGGAGACAAAAUGCAUUGAGUAGCCAUCUGUUGGCCAUUCCCCUCUCAGCGUACUGAGUUGUGUAUGCAUAGCAAUAGGGUUUGGCACCCCCAUCCCCCAUCCCAGUUUUUUCAUCAGCUCUCCCAUUUAUUAUUAUCAUUAAUCGAGAGGUUAUUAUUAAAGGAAGUUUGUGUCAAUAGGACACUUUGCUCAAUCCUCAGUGUACAUAACUAAUUUCUUUGAGGACUGACUGCGGUAAAAUUACCUCUUGGAAAUCUUUACAAGAACCAUAAAGAGUAAUGGAGUAAUGAUUUUUUCUUUGUUUGUACCAAGAGGGAAUGUAAUUUGCUAAUUUUUAAAACAAUUUUCCUUAAUAUUUUCCAUUGGGUAAAGCUUGAUGCAAAGCAUUUAAUGUGUAUUCAUGUUUAUAUAUAAAUAGAAUGUGGAUUUUAAAUUGAUAUUGAUUUAAGAGUUAAUGAUCACUUGAGAAGGAUUGCCUUCACAUGAGGUUUUACCCUUGCUUGUAGUUCUUAGGAAAUCCUUUUGUCCUAGAAUAAAAUGACAUUGUCAGUGUUUGCCCUUCUUAUAUAGCUAUAAAUAUGUUUGAAUAAAUACCGUGCUUAUUAAAAACAGGCGAAAACCACCACAGGUAUAUGGCCGUAUUGUCAUUUCUUAAAUUUAAGUUUUUCUGAAAAAAAUUGUGAUGUUUUUAGUUUGGAAUUUUUGGAAUGAACAAAUUUCAGACAAGUUCUCAUGAACAAUAAGAAUUGUAACAAGUACUUGAAACAAUAAACUGAACAAUUUAUUCAAGAUAUACAAGUUAACACUCAGUGUAGUGUUAACAGUUAAGGUAUUGACUGCUCUGUCACGUGUGGUGUCAUACUUUCCAUUUCAAGAAAUACAGUAAAUGUUAGUUAAUGGUUCCUUAAAACUAUUUUCUAAUGACUGAAGUACUGUGGAAUGAACUUUCCACUGAGCAUAAUUAUGCGGAUGUUGUGGUAAUGUGUACAAUGCCUGUGUGUGCUCUUUCACUUCUGUAUUCACAAUAUAAUAAACACUAUACAUAUAUC